AUGGUCGCGCCCGCUGUUCCUGAGAUCCAUGAGGAGGAGGACAUCUUUGUUGCCGUCGAUGCGCGAACAGAGCCCCCGGAUCUGGUAUACCUGGUGAAGCAACCAAAGGCCAAUUCUACUCGCCAGACCGGCGUUUACCAUCAUGUCACUGGAAUCGAUGCCUCCUCGUCAGCCAGCCUAGCUGCAUACGUCAACACCCUCACGUUCUCCCCCCUCGACAAGACACACAAAGUUGUAUCUGGAAUCUACUGUUGCUACAAUGCCUUCUCCCAUCUGGAUAUGCGAGUCGAGGUCAAAAUUCCCGGAAGCUUAGAAAGCUACUGCAUCGAUGAGCGAGGUGACAAGCGCGUGGCUACCGAGGCCCUUUGGCUAGAAACAUUCCUUUGCGGAGUCUUGCGCGCCUAUUUGUAUGCUGAUGAUGGAAGUGGAGAUGCUAUUAAGAAGAUUGUCGGCGUGCGACGCUUCAACCCCGUGACGAACACAGAAAUGGAGCACAAGUUCUUAGAUGCGGCUGGCAAGCUGUUCUUCCUUGGCCGCCAGCUCAGCUCUGACCCUGAAACCCAAGUUCCUAACACCGUAAGCAACCACCUGACUUCAGGUAUCCUUAAGUAUAUCUAUACAACUGGUCGUUACACAUCCGGCAUCAAUUUGUUUGAGAAGCUGCGCACGCGUGAUGUUGAGGUGUCGUCCCUGCUGGCCCGGGUACAAAUUAUGGCUGAUGAGGAAGUACAAGCCGUGCGGUUGAUGUACGACGCUCUCCAAGAUGUUCCGAUGGACUACGCUUUGCUCGAUUGCCAAGCCGAUUUCUGUCAAAGCAAAGGUGAGGGUGAAAUGGCCUUGGAGUGUGCCAAACGCGCGGUAACCGCCGCCCCAAGCGAGUUCAGCACUUGGGCUCGUCUGGCCGAGGUUUAUGUUGGGAUGGAACAAUGGGACUUGGCACUUCUCACCUUGAACUCGUGUCCUAUGUUCACUUACCAGGACAAAGAUACACCACGCAUGCCUCAGCCAUCCCGCAUUAUGCUUCCGAUUCUCGCCGAGAGCAUUCUGGACGAGAUUGACGAAGGUCAGCCCAAGCAAGGAGAUCCUCAUGACUAUGUUCACCCUUCUCUCCGGAAGCUACAUGCUGCAGGAUACCAGGGAACAUUCUUGAAGGCCUACAAUCUGUUGACGAAAGUUGCUGCCGCAAUUGGAUGGGAUCAGCUUCUGAAAAUUCGCAGUGAGGUCUUCGUAAUGGAAGAAGAAUAUCGUGUCGAGAGACAUCAUGUGCCCAAGCCUGCACAGUCACUGGAUGCCGAAACUAACGGAGAUACCGCGGAUGAGGAUGAUGGUUCCGGUUCUGUUGUCGAUCGCGCUGAGCCCACUACCAAUGGCGACGGAAAUGAGAAUACCGGCGAGAACACUAUUGAGCGCCCUGAGCAAACAGUGGCCUCCGAGGUUGCUAAGCCCGGAAAUGAUGUUCCUGAUCCAUCACACAACGAUUACACGCAUUUCCGCAAUAAGCGCCUGUGUGAGCGAUGGCUGGAUAACCUUUUCAUGGUUUUGUAUGAAGAUCUUCGCAUUUACACUAUCUGGCGAACCGAGAUGGCCCAGUUCCGUCAGCAGGCGAUGGAAUACAAAAAAUCAGCAACGGAAUGGGAAAUCCUUGGUGAGCUCGCAAAUCGACUUCACCACUUUGAUGAGAGUAUUGAGGCAUAUCAGAGCUGCCUUGCGAUUCGCUUUUCUCCCAAAGCCACACGUGGCAUUUUGAAGUUGUUCGAGCAAAGGAACGAUACCAGGGCCAUGCUGGGUGCCUUGAUUCGUCUGAUCGCAUGGCAAUAUCGCUGGUACUCUGAGUUCUCUCCGGAGCUUCUAUACAUGAUGCGCAAGCUCAUCGAAGACGAAGGUGCUGUUAAGGUUCGCAGCAUCGUUCAGGCUACCAACCUGCCCCAAUCUGUUCUGGAUCUCACACAUCAAUACUGUCAGCUCUGCGCUACUUUCCGUAGCAGCGGAAGUGACGCCUAA